CCUUCCCAACUCCCUUGCGAAACUCCCUGUUAACAGCCCUGUUCACAAAGCUCCCUGCACUGCUUUAUAAAGCCCUGGCCUUCUUGAUAGCCCCGCCCACUGACUGAGGCUCAGCCAAUUAACAGAGGCUUCUAGCUUUCAAACCUUACUUUGAAGCUCACAGCUUCUAACUGCCAGCCACAGCACAUGGUCCUUCAAACAAACAGACAAACACAAGCUCAGCACACAGCAAGUAACCUCCAGCAAAAACACACACUACAGGCAGCCACUUACCCUAAGGGUCCUGUAUUUGCUCCUCCUUCACCUGGAGAACUCCCUUGCGAAACUCCCUGUUAGAGUUUGAUCAAUGAGUAGGGUCUCCAAGGAGACUGGCUAGCUGGAUCUUUGCAGGAUUGGGGCUGAAAUAUAGAGCACCAAGAAGAUAUAUUUACAGAAUUCCUUUUUGGAGCAUUACUGGAGAUAUGAUGGGCCAGUGUUCCCAAACUUUUUACUAAGGUCUUUCUUCAGUGAGAUUCAGCAGUAACCUUUAAUGAUGGGAGACGUCCUCGCUUAUGAAGCCGAGUUACUUGGAUUGGUGAAAGAGUAUUUAGACUUCACAGAGUUUGAAGACACAGUGAAAACAUUUACAAAGGAAUGUAAAAUAAAAGGGAAGCCAUUACCUAAAACAGCAGGUGGUUCCUUGAAAGAUUCAAAAGCUUUGAUUAUCCAGAAGGAUCUGCUUACAGCAUUUGAAGAUGGAGAUCAGAAAGUUUUCUUUGAACUUUGGGAGCAGCAUAUUUCCUCUUCAUUCCGAGACAAUGACCCUCUUGCCCAGAAGCUGGAGUUUUAUGUUCACAUCCACUUUGCCAUCUACCUCUUGAAGCAUUCUGUGGGCAAGCCUGACAAAGCUGACUUCGAUGAAAGGAUUUCUCACUUUAAAACAUACCUGGAGACUAAAGGGGCUGCACUGAGCCAGACCACAGAAUUCCUCCCCUUCUACGCUUUGCCUUUUGUUCCCAACCCCAUGGUCCACCCAUCCUUUAAAGAACUCUUUCAGGAUUCUUGGAUGCUGGAGUUAAAGGCAAGGUUGGAAAAGUUCCUGUCUCUGACUCUCAAAGCCAGUCAUGCCCCAAGGCUUCUCACUUUAUACAAGGAGAAUGGACAGUGCAGCAAAGAAAUGUUGCAGCAGCUUCAUCAGCAGCUAGUGGAGGCUGAGCACAGGAGCAUGACCUACCUUAAACGGUUUAAUAAAAUCCAGGUAGACUAUCACAAUCUCAUCGGGGUCACUGCUGAGCUGGUGGAUUCCCUCGAGGCCACAGUCAAUGGCAAGAUGAUCACGCCAGAAUAUCUUCAAAGUGUUUGUGUUCGUUUGUUUAGCAAUCAGAUGAGACAAAGUAUAGCUCAUAGUAUUGACUUCACGAGGCCUGGAACCGGAUAUUACUCUCUCAGCCCUUGUGAUGACGGAUAUGCAUCAACAAUGUUAAGAGCAUCUUUAGCCCCUGUGAAAAUACAGGAAGUGCCAUUGUUACCUUCUUUGGAUUAUGAGAAGCUGAAGAAAGAUCUAGUCAGUGGGAGUGAUCGUCUUAAAGCUUUUUUACUGCAGGCUCUGCGCUGGCGCUUGACGACGUCUCAUCCUGGUGAGCAGAGAGACACUGUCCUGCAGGGUUAUAUCAGCAAUGACCUACUGGAUAUUCACAACAGUAGCCAGCGAAAUGUGCUAAAAUUGCUACAUUCCAAGAGUGAGGUGGUCCGACAGUACGUGGCGAGGCUUGUCAAUGCUUUUGCUUCGCUGGCAGAAGGUCGGCUCUACCUUUCCCAGAACCCAAAGUUGCUGCGAGUGCUGGAGGAAAGGCUGAAAGCUGAAGACAAGGAUUCCCUUACACGAGAGAAUGUUUUGGGGGCUUUGCAGAAAUUCAGCCUCAGACGUGCCUUGCAGACGGCUAUGAUCAAUGACGGGCUCAUUUUCUGGCUGGUUGAUGUUCUAAAGGAUACGGAUUGCCUGUCAGAUUACACGCUGGAAUAUUCUGUCGCCUUGCUCAUGAAUCUUUGUCUCAGGAGUUCAGGGAAGAAAAUGUGUGCAAAAGUUGCAAACCAUGUGCUCAAAGUUCUCUCUGAUCUCCUUGGCCAUGAGAACCAUGAGAUACAGCCAUAUGUGAAUGGAGCGCUGUACAGCAUUCUUGCUGUCCCUUCCAUACGAGAAGAAGCCAGAGCAAUGGGAAUGGAAGAAAUUCUGCGGUGCUUCAUCAAGGAAGGAAACGCCGAGAUGAUCCGGCAAAUUGAAUUCAUUAUCAGACAGCUCAAUUCAGAAGAGCCAUUGGAUGAUAGUGUUGAGUCUGAUGAUGAAGAGGAGGAUGAAGAUGAUGAAGAGGACCAUGAUACAAUGGAGGCUGAUCUGGACAAAGAUGAGGCGUUACAACCUCAGCUGGGAGAGCUAUCAGGAGAGAAGCUGCUGACAACAGAGUAUUUGGGAAUAAUGACCCAUACACCAAAAGUGAAGAAGAAGCUGUUUCCUGGUGUCCAUCAGAGCAUAGAUGAGCCUCUCCAGAGACCAGUCACCCCGGGCUAUCACAGAACUGCAUACCCAACGCCAGAAAAUGAUGCCAUUUCUUCCCAUGGCAGGGAUGGCAAAUUCCAGUCUAUGCAUAACUGUCGUCCUCCCACUCAUAGCGGUAGCAGGUCCAGCACUUCCGACUUUUGUAUGUCCUCUGCAGCAAUUGAAACAGACUCAUCCAAGGUAUUCUCAGCGGGUCUCAGAACGGAUCAACAAGUCCCAGCAGUUACUGAAGUCCUGUCUGCCCGAUCCACUGAUUUUGUCCAGGACAAAGUUAAUGGGCAGUCAUACAGGUUUUCUCAAGUGAGUAAAGAACACAUGCUGACGAGGGAUUUUUCUCCUUUCAUACCUGAAGACACCCUGGGGGAAGCAGAGAAGCAAUGCAGUUUCACUCUAGGCACUAAUAGUGCCAUGCUGAACAUUUUGGAUUGCCAAGACACCAUAGCUCCCUGUCUGAUUCGGCUGCAUCACGUGGCAAACCCCAGGUCUUUGGAGUCCCAGGUCUGGAUCCUCAGCUGGUGUACAAGGGAUGCUGCUGUACUGAAGUUGGUUUAUCUACACCCAUUUACAGCAGCUGCGGAUCUGGCCCGGAAUCACUAAUUCCAUGAACUCAUUUUGCAGCUGGCUUUAGGAUCGCUUUCUGUCUUGAGGAGAAGGGGCAGUUUGUAUUAGAGGCAUCCCUCCAUCUGCCAGCCGGGAGACGGGAAACAGAAGAGUCUGUUCUGAAUUCCCAGAUUCCAAAACUUGGACAGAGCCCGGUUGUUGAUGAUGGACCAGAGGAAGUUUGGUGAAGGAAGAAGAACGGAAAGGGAACCUGGCAGGUUUCACCUACCAGAGCCAAGAAUUGUCCCAUUCGGAGCAUGUGAUUUUAUAAAAUAUAUAUAUUUUACAGACUUUUGGUCUUUGCUCAAAAUGCUUUUAUCUGUGAAAUUGCAAGCUCGUUAGCUGGCUGGCUGAUGCUUGCCUCAACCCAGAAUGCACCAGGAGGGGCUUUGAACUCUUUGGGAAAGCGCACGUGCCCUCUUGGAUGGGAUCCUGUUCCAAGUGAGCGAGGGCCAGGGAAGGAGCGAGUCCCUGGAUUGCUGAGCUUGGUUGGGGAAAGGAGGGAAAAAGGGCUUAGUGUGAACUACAUGCUUGUCUCCCCCCAGGGUCUUGUAGUCUGAAGACUAGGGCAGUGUUCUGAGCUGCCGGUGCCUGAAAGGCUGCACUGUGUGGGUUCCCGUGUGAGUCACCGAGACCGGAGUGAGAUCCAGAGAGCGCCAGGAGCCAACUCCAAGCAAGAGAAACAGAGCAGCACUGCGGGGAUGGCAAGAGACGGAGCCCGAGGAAAUUGCAGGGAAACAAAUAUCGUUAGUCUCCAGUGGAGGAAGAUGGGACUAAGGGAGGCAAGGGGCAUGAAGAGACUGGGAACAAAAACUUUUAAGGCUCAUGCUUUGGAAGGCAGCAUGGUAUAAUGGGUAGGGCACGGGGCUGUGAAUCAGGAGGCAGGGGGUUAUUCUUGUUUCUGCCGCUGGUUUGCUGGGUGGUGGUGGACAUGUCACUUAACCUUGCCAUGCCUAAAUUUCCCCAGCGACAUGAUGUGGGUAAUGAUACUUGCCUUCCUUUGUGAAGUGCUAUGGAGAAAAAGCCCUAAGGAGUAGUAGUAAUGUGGAGACUUCUCCAGCCCUGAUGGGGGCCUGUCAGUCAUGGUAUCUCCUGUGAAACCCAUUCCCUGAACAUAAGCACAGGCUGUUAACACUUUUCAGAUCUAGGCUUGGAUUAGCUUCGUUAUUUGGUGUUUGCUUUGCAGCUAACACCUAGCGGUCUCGCCUGAGAUCAGGGCCCCAUUGCGCUGGGCAUGGCACAGACACAGAGCUUACAGGUAAGACGGAAACAGGAAGGAUCGUUCAUGGGGAGCAGAGAUGCACAGAGCCAAAGUGACCUGUACACGGUCGCGCAGGGAAGUCUGUAACAGAGCCCGGAACAGAACACAGGUCCCCUGUCCAUGGCCCUAGCCCAGUGAGUGGCUUAGCUGCAGGACCAUCCUUCCUCUCCUCAGAAAGUCAGGCGCUGCUGCGGGUGAUUCGGUGACCUGAUGCCCUGAGAGUUCACUGCCCCAUGAUGACUUGGGACCUGUUGGAUCUAGUCUUUCAUUUUGUCCAGUGUGAUGAUUUGGGUGAAUUCCACCCAGCAGUGGCAAAUGCCGCCCCUUCCCUAUGGCUGACUUUCCAGCUAAUGCCAAUCUCAGAGGGCUUCUUGUGCAGAGAGAUCCUGGCCCAGAUGUGUAAUGCAUGUGUGUUUGGGGUCUGUGGUCCUGAUAACUGGAUUUCAAAUCAGGCCCCCAUAUAGCCAGGCAGCUGGGGUGCUGUGCCUGCUGUUGCUAAUGAGUAUCAUCUUGUUCUUGUUUAUAAUCCUGUGCUUAGACUGUAAUCCCCCCAGGCAGGGGCAGUGCUUUGUUAUAUAUUUGUACAGCGCCUAGCGCCCUGGGACCACAGUACAGACGUGCAAGGCAGCUGUCGGCCGUUUGACCCAGAAAAUGACUUUUCGUUGACAAAACUGAUGAUGUUUUCGGAGUCCAUAGAGCGAUGCAAAGAAUUGCCACUGGCUCAGUGAAAUCCAGCCCAGCUCUGCCAGGGAGGCUCCAUCUGGGCUCAUCAGGCAGAGCUGCUGCCCCAGGAUAAGGAGAAGAUUGGUUCCAGCUGGGCACCGUGCAGGAGGGUGAGUGCGGCUGCUGGCUUGGGGGCACUCCAGGAACCAGUUAAUUUGAGUCCAGUGUUCAGCCAUCAAUGUGUGGCCCCAAGCGAGGGGUCAGUCGUGACCCCCAUGGUCUUCCUAGCGUGCACUGCAAAGCGGACGUAAGCCGCUGUGAGGAGAGGGAAGGCAUCUCCCCGAUGCUCACCGCAGAUCGGCUCUGCCAGGUAAACGGGGUCAUGGAGCCUACACACUUCCUCUCCUUGGGAGCUCAGUGGGAAGGAGGGAGUGAAAGUUCAUAGAACAGCAAGUGUUGGGGAAAGGUACGACAGGGAGGCAAGAGACAGAAUUAGUCCAAACAAAAAGGUCUCCUGGUGCAAUUCUGGGUUAAGGUCCUGACUGGUCAGCCAGAAAAGUGUGGAACCAGAAAUCAGUGAACCACAGUUGGAGUGUCAGAAACUGGGCCUCAUUGGUGGAAAAAUAAUGAGGGGCUGGGCUCUUCCACUCACCACUCCCUUUGAGGGUCUGUGAAGAGACGGGUAGGGGGCAGGGAAUUGGCUACUGGAGCAAACUUCACCAUCAUGGAUGUUAUCCCCACCAUCUCCUGGGACCCUGGGUCUUAAUCAUCCUGAUCCUGCGCGAGGUCCUGGCUGGGCCAGGCCAGAGAGAGGGACCCAGGUGGCACCGAUACUUCCACGCUCCAGCUGAAUCCCAGCUAGCUCCGGGGAUGAAACAGGUUGACUUUAACAGCAACAGCAAUGGCUCCAACCUGCCUCACCAAACGGCUUCUCUUCCCCCAAAAGGACAGUUAGGGCCAUCGAAGAGACGGUCACGCAAGGGGACGUUCCUUCCCACAGCUCUCCCGCACUGAAUGGACC